AUGGGUGAUACGAAUAGACAAGUUGUAGCUGGUGGCAAUGGCAAAGGAAAUCGAUUAGAUCAAUUGAAUGAGCCAACCGAUGUGCUAAUCGACAAAGAGACUGAUAGUCUCAUUAUCUGCGAUCGAGGGAAUAGACGAGUUGUACGAUGGUCUCGUCGUAGUGGCGCAACUCAAGGUGAAAUCCUCAUUGACAACAUCGAUUGUCGAGGAUUGUUCAUGGAUGAUCAGAGAUAUCUCUACGUCUCUGACUACAAAAAACAUGAAGUAAGACGACAUCAAAUAGGAGACAAGAAUGGAAUUAUCGUGGCUGGUGGAAAUGGCAAAGGUGCUCGUCUCAAUCAACUCAACUUUCCGACCUACAUCUUUCUCGAUCAACAACAGACUGUCUACGUGUCAGACAGAGACAAUCAUCGUGUAAUGAAAUGGAAUAAAGGUGCAAAAGAAGGCAUUGUCGUCGCUGGAGAUCAAGGUGAAUGGAAUGCUCUGACACAAUUGUCUUUUCCUAACGGACUCUUCGUCGAUAUGUUGGGUACCAUCUAUGUGGCAGAUUCGGGGAAUCAUCGAGUCAUGCGUUGGCCUAAAGGAGCAAAACAGGGUACUGUUAUUGUGGGUGGAAAUGGUGAAGGAGCAGAAGCAAAUCAGUUCAAUCUUCCCGUUGAUUUGUCCUUCGAUCGACAAGGUAAUCUCUAUGUCGUCGAUAAUGAAAACAGUCGUGUUCAAUUUUUUUCAAUUCAAUAAAUUGCAUUUGAACCAAAAAAAAAUUUUUUUAAUUUCUAUUCACGCCCGCGCGCGACCAGGAACCAUCCUGGUGGCGCUGUGGCGAGCGUAAAGCUCGUACACGCGCUGGAAGACCCACAUCAUCCACAUGCACCCAUCCGGUGACAUGCGUUAGUGAGCCUAGGGUGUGGGUGUGGGUGUGGGUGGUGUGUGGGUGUGGGUGUGGGGU